AUGAGGCCAUUUCGCCCCCCAGUAGCAGCAGCAGCAGCAGCAGCAGCAGCAGCAGCAGCAGCAGCAGCAGCAGCAAGGGGAGGAUUGGCGGUGAGCACUGGUGAGUGGAGACAGAGGGAGGUGAGGCGUGAGAGGGCGUGCAGGGAAGGUGGGGGCACGAUGGGCAGGGAGGAGGAGAGGUGCAUGUGGAUGGGUGGAGAGGGCGAUGGGGAGUGUGAGAGAGAGGGAGGUGAGGGAGGGGAGGUGGAGGAGGAGGGAGGGAGUGAGGUGGAAGAGCGGAGCAGAGAGUUGGGUGAGGGAGGAGAGGAGAGGGAGGAGGGAAGGGGAGGGGGAGAGGAAGAGGUAUGA